UUUAGUUUUAGCCUGACGCCCACUCGUAAUGCCAACUGAUGGAUCCUGAUUCCGAUGCUGAACAGGUUCAUCCUAUCGAGGUUGUGCUUCGGAUCAGGCCCAUCAAGCAGGCAUGCGGCACUGGGAGUGAUUCGUCCUCGAUUAUUGUUGCAUCUGGUCUUCAUACCAUCAAGGUGUGUAAUCCGAAUCCUGUUCACCUAGAGAAUGGAGAUCUCGUGAGCAUCAACAAGAGUACAGAAUACAAAUUUGAUUGGAUUUUGCCAGAAACCAGUUCCCAGGAAGACGUUUGGAAAAGAACCUGUCCCAAUUUGCUUAGGCAGUUUUUGUCAGGAAAGAAUGUGCUCUUGUUUUGCUACGGUCCCUCGGCUAGUGGUAAGACGUUUACGAUGCAGGGCGAUGAAGAAAAUCCAGGCUUGUUGCCUAGAAUUCUGAAGUACCUGUUCGCAUCCAUUCAACAGGCAAAGGCAGCGCGAAAUGAGAACCAACAGGUUCAUAACGAUUUGCAGAAGAAAAAAUGGUGCCCAUUGAGCAAGGAGAAAGAUGGUUUAGAUGAGCGCUAUAUCGUUCCGUUGCCUGUGGAUGCGGAGUAUCGAGUGUGGACAUCGUACUAUGAGUGUUACAAUGAGAAGAUUUAUGACUUGCUGAAGAAGCCCUCGCAGGAGACGGAGCCACUCGAGGUGCACAUGUUGAAUGACAGAAAUGAGAUUCGAAAUUUGAAGGAGGUCGCAGUGAACGAUGUUGAACAGGCGAUAAAGGUGUUUUCAUUUGGUGCGUCUAAUCGGCGUGUGGCCGAGACGUGUCAGAAUCGAGACAGUAGUCGUAGCCAUGGUAUUUUUACGAUAAAGCUGAUGCAGAUGCCCGUUGGUUUGCCGGCUGAGAACUUUGGGAAUCCAAGUUACGUCAAACUUUCCAAGUUUUCUGUGAUAGAUUUGGCGGGGAGCGAACGCUUUAGCAAGUCGAACGUGGAGGGAAAGCAUAUUAAGGAGUCCAAUAGCAUCAACAAUUCUUUAUUCGUUUUAGGUCGGUGCAUGGAGGCGCUGAGACACAACCAGUCAAUGGCAUUCAGACGCCUGCAAAGUGCGCAAUGGGGCGGCGAUGAGCAGCAUGGUGACUACGCGAUUCGAAGAGGCCAGGUAGAUUGCGGGCCGAACGAACGAUACUCGCCGCAAGAGGUAAAUUGCAGAGGAAAGAAUGGCGUGCUGGGGCCCCUGAUGGGCAAGGUAUCGAACCGAGGAAGCAGCAUACAGGGUGAUAGAGAUACGCCGGCGAUGUCAAAGAAGGAAGGGCUUGGACCGCAGCCGCAAGUGGUUCCGUUUAGAGACUCGCUGUUAACCAAGAUCUUUCGCGAGUUUUUUCUUGGAGAGGGCAAGAUUGUCAUGGUGGUCAACAUUCAUCCGUCAGCGGCGGAUGCAGAGGAGACGAUUCGCGCGCUCAGUUUUGGUACCGUUUCAAAGAAUGUCAUGACGACGUGCAAGAAGAAUGUUGUACCUAGAUUUAGAACUCAGACGCAGCUCAAGCCAAUCUCUUUCUCUCUGACAGGCAGUUCAUCUCAGAAGCAGAAGUGCAAGGUGCCAUUGCGCGAAUCGGCGUGCCUGAAUGAUGGCAGGGGGAGCCCCACGUCGCGGUGGAAUGUAGAGGCCGUGAAGAAGUUCAGAGACGAGACGGACAAGGGGGCGCAGGGAAGGAGACAGAGGAUGAAUAUAGAGUUGAUACGAUCGAUACUUGGAGAUGAGAACAAUGCGGGUGGCGUUUUGAAGGGAGAAGCGGCGGCAGGAGAAAAGGAAGAGGGGGUAGAAAAGGAAAUUUUUUUGGAGGGCGUCUCGAAUUGUUGCAAACUAUUGUCGUCAGUUUAUCCUGCGUUCAAGUAUGGCUGUCGUUCUCCAACGACAGAGGGUUUAGGUGGGUUGGAUGCGGGGUGCGUUGGUGUCGAAGGGCCGUUGUUCAGUUCGUUUCCGAUGACAGCAGAGCAGAUCGAUCACGUGUGUGAGGUGUUCCGUCAGAUGGAGGUGUAUAUUCAGCAGUUUUUUGAGAGUCAGAUAGUGCAGUUUUGGGGUCACUACGAAAAGAUGGUUCGGAGGUACGAAGAGGAUCAGAAGGAGCUGUGGACACAAUAUCAGGCAUUGCACGAGGCGUAUGCGCAGGUAGAGGAGGAGUUAUGGCGAGUCAGGGACGAGAACGAGCAUCUGAAAGAGAGUUUAAAGCAGCAAGGAGAGGAAGUCCAAAGGGCGAGAGAGGAGUUGGUUCAGGCGAUGAGAGAGAAAGGAGAGCAAAUGGCACAGUGUAGGCGAGAGUACGACAAGAUGAUGAUUGAAAUGCGGGACCAGUGGCGAGAAAACUUGGACAUGAUCAAGACGGGCAUGGAGAACGUCAAGGCUCAUUUUGAACAAAGAGAAAUGAUGAUCUUGAAUCAGAUGAAGAAGAUGCAGCAGGGGGCAGAUGAAAAGAAGAGCGAAUCAUCUAAGAUCAAGUCGAGGUCGGGUGCGACUAACCAGUGCAAGAGUGAGACGGAGUCUUCAAUUCAAGACGAGAAAAAGCAGGAGAUGGUUGAAAGAGAGAAGUCGAAUGCUGAUUCGAGUCAGGCGACGGGUUUGUCCAAGCUAUCGAAGCAUUACAACAAAAUAUUUGAAAGCAAUAAGAUAAAGCCGCUGAUUCGUUCGGCGUCGGCACCAACGGCAGCUUCGGCACCUCUGGUACAGGAGAAUAGACUGGGCCAUUCUUUUUGCGAGGAAGAGAAGAAGGAGAGUUGCCAAAGUGUGGAGAGGGGGGUAGCCGAAAUAAAAAAGUCGGUCGCAGAGACCAAUCAAUCUUUGAAGAAUUCGAGCGAUUGCCCCAAUCUUAGUACGUGUCUUGCAGAAGCGGGUGAUUCAUCUCAGCCUGAUCUAAUUAGGACGUCUCCUGCCGCGAAUCCAUUAUACCAAGAAGUUCCUCUCAAGUUGAAUGCCGUAGAUUCCGCUUCGAUUUCUUUUUCUCCGAUGUGCACUUCUACUCCCAACCGGUCUUCUCGUCGCGGCACGCCGCUGACUCGUUUUCCUGAAGAGAGCGAGCUAACGGCUGCCGCUUGUCUAAACGGGGAGUCAAGAGCGACAGUUUCGAGGUCUCCUUUUUCCGAAGCGGAUCAUGAGCCCGUGUCAAGUCGUCCUGUCUCUCCUCUUAGAUCCUCAGAGCAUCGUGGGAGUCCUUGCGCGGUCAAGGCUGGAACUACUAAAAAAAAGCGCGUUAAGAUGUCUCAGCCUAAGAAGAGCGAUAAAAGGGCAAAGAGAGGUAAUUUGAGGCCUGUUAAAGAAAGCAAGUGUGAUCAGGUUUGUUUUGCAAAGGAUGUCACCGACGAGAGACCUACCGAAGACGAGAGCGUCGCUGCAGCUCCGUCGAACAUAUCGCAGAAUGGUUGUUCUAAUAAUACAGAUUUAUCCAGCAAUCAUUGUCUUUCUGGCGAUAUGUCCCCGCCGACUCGGGGUUUGGUUGGCGCAUCGCCGCGAAGUUCUGGUGGCGCUUCAUUAGAGGACAAAUGCUCUUUUUCUCGUCCCUCUUUGGUCCGUGGAACCCCUAUGAUCAAGCGUUUGCGUCCGAGAAAGACCUUAGUAUUGCUUGACUCGAUCGACAACAACACCUCUCUUCACUCUUCUGUUCAUGCCAAAAAUCCGUUCGAUUUUUGCGACGAGACGUCUAAGAAAUCCAAGAAGCCUCAAAAUCGUUCCAGAACGGCUAGAUGCGCCAAAAAAUCUGUAUGCGGGCCUCCCCCUUAUCUGAAGUUUUAAGUUUUCUUUUUCCGAUCUAGGAACGUUAUCCACCGGAUGCAAAUGGGUGUCGUCCGCGCCUGGCCUCGGCGCAGAGCGGCCGUUGUGAUAUACGAGCAUCUGCGUAGCCUUUUGGAAUCCGAGGGUUGCGCGGCGCUGCUGACAUAGGCCCCACUCAUGUGCGGUGUUCCUCAGAGUUUGUCCCUCGUUCGCCGCCGACCUGGUACGGGUUCCUCGGAGGGCGAGCAAAGUAGUUGUAAAUAAAAUCUGUUUUUUUUUUUUUGACCGAA